GAUGUUUCAGGAGGAUAUCUCGUGUUUCCGCCAGCCUUGUGGCUCUUUGCAGAAGGGCACGAAGAGGCCGAAACAAGGGUGCCCUGUGUAGCAAGAACUCGACACUUCAUCCUUCAAACAUGUUGUCCAGGCUCGUUAUUGUGUCAGCCAAUGGCCUGAAAAGCAGCGGUCCCCUUGGAGCUGGUCUGGUCCAGGCGUCUCGCUCCCUGCACACAUCGUCCCAGAGUCUGGCCCCAGUGCCACCUCUGCCAGAGAAGGGAGGCAAAGUCCGUCAUGGCAUCUUCCCAGAGGAGAUUUUCCAGCUCCUGUACCCCAAAACUGGAGUGACAGGACCCUACAUGCUGGGCACUGGCCUCCUCCUCUACAUGCUUUCCAAGGAAAUCUACGUCAUCAACCAUGAGACCUUUGCUGCCGCCUCCAUCGGUGCCGUCAUCAUCUAUGGUGUCAAGAAAUUUGGUCCAAGUGUUGCAGCUUUUGCUGACAAACUGAAUGAGGAGAAAGUGGCCAAGGCUCAGGAGGUGAAGGACCUCGCCAUGGCCAGCCUGGCUCAGGCUAUUGAGGAUGAGAAGAAGGAACAGUGGAGAGCAGAGGGAAGAUCAAUGCUCUUCGAUGCUAAGAGGAACAAUGUGGCCAUGCUGUUGGAGACCAACUACAGAGAGAGGCUACACAUGGUGACCCAUGAGGUGAAGAGGCGCUUGGACUACCAGGUGGCCCUGCAGAAUCUCCACACCCGGAUGGAGCAGGAGCACAUGGUCAACUGGGUGGAGAAGAGUGUCGUCGGCAGCAUCACUCCUCAGCAGGAGAAAGAGAGCAUCGCCAAGUGCAUCACAGACCUGAAGGUUCUGGCCAAGGCCACACAGGCCAGAGCUACAGCCUAAACUGUCAAGUCUUCAGAGAAGACUUCUCUAAUCCCCAACUCAUGGUCCCAAGAAGAGACAUUCACUUUUAUUUACAGAAUAAACUAUUUCUUCUUUAAAGCUUGUCUCUGUCAAUAUGUCAUGGGUGUGUACAGUAUUUACACGUCAGCUGAUGGUGAAAUAAAUGGUUCUCUUAUCCAUCUU